GAAUGGCCGCUAGAGGCACUGAUGGCACCGGUCUUUGAUGAUGAUGAGUGUUUUGAUUAGUGGAUGGAAGUAAGUGUUGGUCUCUAGUGUGGGUGAAUCGGGACCAUUGUUGUCAGCCGCCCUACCUGAUCCCGCCUCCCGGACCAUGGAUUCCGAAAGCGAAGAGCCGCAGCCUUAUCACCACCACCACCACCACCAUCAUCAUCAUCAGGCCGAAGACGAGGACGAAGAAGAGCAUGAAGAAGAUCCUGAAGAGCACGAGGAAUCAGCCGGCGGCGGCGGCGGCGGCGGCGGGGAUGCGGUUGGCGCCUUGGGCGGUCUGGGCCCGCCCGAACCCGAAGAGGACCCGGCCCUGAUUCGCGAGGCGUGCUUGAGCCGCUUCGCCACGGCGGAUUUCAUCAUGGAGCCGGAGAUCUUCAGCCAAUUGAAGACGUACUUUCAAACGGGCGGCAACCCCGAGCAAGUCAUCGAGUUGCUGAGCAAGAACUACCUGGCCGUGGCCCAGAUGGCCAACCUCAUGGCCGAGUGGCUCAUCCUGGCCGGGGCCGAGAUCACGGAUGUGCAACAACAGGUGGAGAACCACCUCCACGACAUGAUUCUCAAGACGUUUGACCCGAAGAAGGCCGACGCCAUCUUCAACGAGGAGGGCGAGACGCCCUCUUGGUUGGCCGAGCUGAUCGAGUAUCCCACUUGGCGAUCCUUGAUCUAUCGAUUGGCCGAGGAUUAUCCCGACUGCUUGAUGCUCAACUUCACCAUCAAGCUCAUCUCGGAUGCGGGCUUCCAAGGCGAAAUCACGUCCAUAUCCACGGCGGCCCAGCAAAUUGAGGUGUUUUCGCGCAUUCUCAAGACCUCCAUCACCAACUUUUUGACGGCCAGUGAGGAACGGGUCGACAAGUCCAUGGAAGAGUGCGCCAAAAUGGUGUGUCACGGCCAACACACCUAUGUGUACGCCCAGGUGCUCUUGUCUGUGUUGGCCCAUGAGAGCAAAGGCGGUCAUGUCAUCCGGCGAUUGCAGGAGGAGAUUCAAAAAGAGGCCCAGUUGGCCCAGCACGAUGUCACGCCCAUCACCAUGGCGUUGGUGGCCGGAUUUCAACACGCUCGAGCCGCCCAAGCCUUGAGUUCCAUGUUGUCCCGGAACGUGCUCAAUCCGGCCGAUAUCGUGGUCUUGUAUAAACUGUACAAUCACACGGAUCCACCGCCCGUGGAUCUGAUUCGCAUUCCUCAGUUCCUGGAACUCCUCAUCGAUGCUUUGUUCCGACCGGAGUCCAAAAUCAAUCAAGAGCACAAAUCCAAGUACAUUUUCCUGUUGGCGUAUGCUUCGAGUGUGUGCGACACCUGGAACUACAAACGGGGCGCCCGCAAGAAUCUGAACAAGGAGGAACUCAAGGGGACCACGCAAGCCGCGGAAAAGGUGCACAGUAUUUUAAGUGUGAGCAAAGGGGCCACGGAUCUCAUUGCCGAACUGGGUACCCUGUAUCAAUGCAUCAGGUUUCCCGUUGUCUCUGUGGGCAUUAUUCGAUGGGUGGAAUUCGUGGUGACCGAACCAACGUUCUUCUCGUUAUCAACCGAUUAUUGUCCAGUUCAGCUGGCUUUGUUAGACGAAGUGGUCACUUGUCAUCCAUUGCUCCAUAAUCAAGUCCUUCAGUUAUACAUCCGAUUAUUUGAACAGAGGUAUGACUCUUUGGAGAUCUUGGCACAGUUAGAAAUCAAGAAAAUGUUGAUUGAUCGCCUUGUAAACCUCCUAUCCCGAGGCUAUGUUCUGCCGGUCGUCAAGUAUAUCAAAGGCUGUUGGGAAAACACCGACACGGAUGUAUCCUUAAUCAGGUAUUUUGUCACCGAAGUUCUGGACACGAUUCAACCACCGUACAGCCCGGAAUUCGUGCAACUAUUCUUGCCAUUGGUGGAGAAUGAGGAAAUCAUUGGCGGAAUGCGUCGCGAUGGCGACGAAGACCCCGUUUCCGAAUUUGUUGUCCAUUGUCGAGCCAACUUUGUGGCCACUUGAGUGAAUAGAAUUUAGUCGAACAAAAUCUCUGA